AUGAAACGGGCGAGGUUCGAUUCUUCGCAGGUUAGCCCGCCCAGCGAGACCGAGCAUCAGCCGAAGGUAUCAAGGAAGAUUCGUGCAUGUCAAGCUUGCCAGAAUCGCAAGAUCAAAUGUGAUUUGGAGCAUGGUCAGGAGCAAUGCGCACGCUGCGCAAGGCUCGGUCUGAAAUGUGUUGUGAACAAGAGCUUGCAGACGCUUUUAGAUGGCGAAAAUGAAUGGAAAAAGAACAUUGAAGCGCAGAUGCAAAGCCUCCAGGCUGCUCUGUCGGAGGUCCAAAGGGCGUUGAACAUGCCACGGCCGAUGCCAACGCAACUCCCAAAUGUGCAGCAAAAUGACUUUCCAAGCGGCAGUCAAGUAUCGGCCAUGCAGCCUGUGCCGCAAACUCAUCCCGACAGUUCUGUGCCCAUUCGACCAACGGGGAUGACUAGGGAGAACUCUGUUGAGGCAGAAGCACAGGAGGCAGAUGAUCAGGCCAUGGUAAAUGCACCUAUGGCUAGUCUCUUUGAGGUCACAAAGCUGCGCAAUGUUCGCAGUGAGCCAUGGGCCAGGAUACAUCGUCCUUCCAGCCGGACUCAAAAACCUGAUUUCAUUUCUCAGGGGAAAUUUGAUCUCCAAGAAGCAGAGAGGUUGUUUGCAAGAUUCCGUGAAACACUCAAUGCGUAUCUUUGGGGCGGCAUUGCAUUGCUUCACGACAGCUUAGAAGGCGCCAGGGCCUCGUCCUCACUUUUGACGGCAGCAAUCCUUGCUGUGACUUCCUUGCAUGCUCAAGAUGACGGAAGGGCAUUUGACAUUUGUUAUCCGAUAUUUCUCGAGCUUGUCAGCCAGGCCAUGUUUGAUCGCUAUCAUACACUUGACGAUGUGCGAGGGUUAUGCAUUGGCGCGUUCUACCUGUCAGAUCUGAGCUGGAAGCUUUCUGGCCUGGCCGUACGAAUUGCUACGGAACUGAAUGUGCACCAGUUUUGUGCCAUGGCGCUGAGAGAUCGUCCGGAGUACGUCGAGGAGGCUAGACUGUGGUACUUUUUGUACGUGUGCGAUCAUCACUUCAGCAUAGCGUACGGCCGACCGCCAGUUAUCAGCGAAAAUUCGACUCUAUCCUGCCACGAAGACUUUCUACGGUUGCCGGGAAUCACAAUGUCGGAUCAUCGUUUACACAGUCAAGUGGGCGUUUUCAUCAUUUUGAGUCGGAUUUACCACGUCUUUGGGCCAGACAGAUCCAGAAUGAUUGCGAAUGAUGAGUUUGAAAUCCUGCGACGAUUUGACAUUGAUUUGGCCCGUUGGAGAGAUCAAUGGAAACCUCGACUAGCUCCUAAUCCCCACAUUGCGGAUUAUCCAGCCAAGGGAGUCAUCCUGCACUAUCACUUCGCUCGAGUACAACUAUUUGCGAUAUGUCUCCGGGGAUUACGACCGAGCGAGCAGUUUCGAAUGUCGAACGAGCGUCGUGAGUUUGUAAACCUAGCUAUAGGCAGCGCGUUUGGAGCCUUGGAGCUCAUCCUCAAUGACCCGGAUAUGAGACGAGCCGUGAUGGGAGUUCCUCUCUACCUCCUCACAACAAUUGCAUAUGCCUGCCUGUUUUUGAUGAAGGCUCAGACUCAAUGGCGUUCGGCAAACCUCAACAUUCGUUACGAAAAUGUGUUAUCCGUCAUUGAAGGCGUUGUCGUUCUGCUGGAAGAGACGAGCCCUUGCGUGCGCCAUGUCGCGCACUACCUCGGGCGCGGACUCAACGGCAUGCUUCAGAAGUUCAAGGACCACAACGCAGUAGAUAAGCAGCAGAUUUUGAAUGGACAGCCUGUUCCAGUGGCAUAUGCCGAUGGCGGAGUGUGGCCGGACUGGAACAGCUGGAUGUUUGGUACGGCAAACGUGCCAAAUCAGUUUGGAUUGGAUCAGGAGCAGCAGUAUGGACUUAGUUUCUUGGAUGCUCUGAGCUCACAGAUGCCAGGAUAA